CGGCUCAGAGCGCGCGGGGUGGCGCGCGGGGCGGGUCGCGGCAGAGCAAGGCUUCUUCGCAGCCGGCGAGCAAGACUGGCCAGCGCUCCUCGGCUUCCCAGCCCGCUUCCUUCGCACAUCCCGCCGUCUUGCAGCCCGCGGCCCGCAGCGCGGUGAUCUGGGGCUCCACGGGGCCGGGCUGAGCGGCCGCCGCCCGCCCCGAGCCGCCGCCGCCGCCCGGCCGCCCGCCCGGCUUAGCCGCCGAGGCGCCUGGCGGGGUCCGCGCCGCCGGGGGCGGGCGGCUCGGGCUGCGGGGCGGCUGGCGCGCGCGCGCCGCGGGGCGGAGAAGCGGGCCCGGCGGCCGGCGAGCAUGGAGGAGAAGUACCUGCCGGAGCUGAUGGCGGAGAAGGACUCUCUGGACCCCUCCUUUACGCACGCCCUGCGCUUGGUGAACCGAGAAAUAGAAAAGUUUCAAAAGGGAGAAGGCAAGGAGGAAGAGAAGUACAUCGACGUGGUGAUAAACAAGAACAUGAAGCUGGGACAGAAGGUGCUGAUUCCUGUGAAGCAGUUUCCCAAGUUCAACUUUGUGGGGAAGCUUUUGGGUCCACGUGGCAAUUCCCUGAAGCGCUUACAAGAAGAAACGUUGACAAAAAUGUCCAUCCUUGGCAAAGGUUCCAUGAGAGACAAGGCAAAGGAGGAAGAGCUGAGGAAAAGUGGAGAAGCGAAGUACUUUCACCUCAAUGACGACCUGCACGUGCUCAUUGAAGUGUUCGCACCCCCAGCAGAAGCGUAUGCCCGGAUGGGGCACGCCUUGGAAGAGAUCAAGAAAUUCCUGAUUCCUGACUAUAAUGAUGAAAUCAGGCAAGCACAGCUCCAGGAGUUAACAUAUUUGAAUGGAGGUUCAGAAAAUGCAGAUGUCCCAGUGGUUCGAGGGAAAUCUACUUUGCGUACGAGAGGUGUAACAACACCAGCAAUAACCAGGGGAAGAGGAGGAGUCACAGCCAGGCCUGUUGCAGUUGGGGUACCACGUGGGACACCAACUCCCCGAGGAGUCCUUUCCACCCGAGGGCCAGUGAGCCGGGGAAGAGGCCUUCUCACUCCCAGAGCAAGAGGUGUCCCCCCAACCGGAUACAGACCUCCCCCGCCACCCCCAACACAGGAGACCUAUGGAGAGUAUGACUAUGACGAUGGGUACGGUACUGCCUAUGAUGAGCAGAGCUAUGACUCCUAUGACAACAGCUACAGCACCCCAGCACAAAGUGGAGCUGAUUACUAUGAUUAUGGGCAUGGACUCGGCGAGGACGCUUAUGACUCCUAUGGGCAAGAGGAAUGGACUAACUCAAGACAUAAGGCUCCUUCGGCGAGGACGGCGAAGGGCGUCUACAGAGACCAGCCAUAUGGCAGAUACUGAUUGUACUGUCUGAUGUUGUGAAAUAGCCAAUCUCCACCGUCCUGUAUACUGUUCAAAGUAAUUUUUUCUAUGACCAAUCCCUUUUUAAAUAAAUCAAAAUGCUUAAAAUCUGAAUGGAUGGAACUUAAAGCCACUUUGUUGAAGCAUCCACUUGGCAGGGAGAAGAAGGACAUGUAAAAUUUUGUUAUUUGCAGUCUGUAUAUGAAAACUAGGUUAUGAAAAGGAAAAAAAUAACUUUGAUUAACUAGUGUUAAACAAAAAGAUAGGUUUACUAAAUAUGUUAAUCCAUUCUUUAACAUAAGUCUCACCUUUCAUUUUAAAGGUUUCCAUAGAAUUUAGUUAUUUUAUCUUUCAGCCAUAUGCUAGUUUUUUUUUCUUUCUUUCUUUCUUGCCAACUUGCGUAAAAAGGGAGCCGAUUACAAGUGCAGACAAUGUGGUAUUCUUUUGUAACUGAGUCCUGAAAUGUUCUGUAGUGUUAGGCAAAGUCUCCUCUUGCUUGAUACUAAAUAAACUUUUGAAAGAAA